ACGGUUAUUAUAUUCCUAUUUAAAGACAUGAUGAUACUCAUCAUGAGAUUUCCAUUAAAUACAAUAGUAAAAUUGUAUGUACUGCAGCAUUAGAUUUGUUUUUAAUUUAAUAGCUACGCGUAAUGACGACAAAACCAUCGUAUCCAAGCGUUGUGCGUAACGUUCCAUUGAGAAGAAGAGCAAAAGAUGGCGAGCUCAAAUAAUCCACGCAAAUUUAGCGAAAAAAUCGCUUUACAUAAUCAGAAACAGGCAGAGGAGACUGCAGCUUUCGAGGAGGUGAUGAAAGACCUAAACAUUACCAGAGCUGCUCGGUUGCAGUUACAGAAGACCCAGUAUUUGCAACUAGGGCAGAUUCGUGGACAGUACUGUGGAGGCUCACUGCCCAAUGUCAAUCAGAUUGGAAAUAGCAACAUUGACCUGCCUUUUCAGAACUCUGCUUUGGACACCAGUCGGUCUACCAGGCAUCACGGGCUGGUGGACCGUGUUUACCGCGAUCGGAGCCGCAUCACCUCCCCUCACCGCCGGCCCCUCUCUGUGGACAAACAUGGCCGCCAGAUUGACAGCUGCCCCUAUGGCUCGGUCUACCUCUCGCCCCCUCCGGAUACCAGUUGGAGGAGGACAAACUCAGACUCAGCCCUACAUCAGAGCGCCAUGAACCCUGUGCCCCAGGACUCGUUUGCUGGCGGAUCACAAGAGCUCCAGCCUAAAAGGGUGCUGCUGCUUACAGUUCCUGGGACUGAGAAGGCUGAAUCCGAAGCAGAUAAGGAAACGCAGUGGGAUAACAAAAAGAAUGACUCAUCAAGGACCAAGUCCUGUGAAGUGCCUGGGAUCAAUAUAUUUCCAUCACCCGAUCAGGAAGUGAACACGUCAUUGGCCCCAGCCACGCUCAACACAGGAGGCUCCCUGCCUGAUCUGACCAACAUCCAGUUCCCCCCACCGCUACCUACUCCACUGGACCCGGACGAUAUUGUGGCGUUUCCUUCCCUUAGCUCCAGCACAGGCAGUCUAACCACCAACCUAACCCAGCUUGGCAUCAGUGCUGCCAGUCACGGUAUCACCACCACCCCUCAGCCCACCAUGACGGUAACUGGCCAGCGUCGACAGCCUGCGCUGAUUCCCCUAACGCUCAACGCAGACGCCCAACCACUGCCGUCCCCACAGCAGCUCUCACCCACCCUGACGCCCCCUCUUAACAUCCAGGCCGUGGCGAUGGACGCACUGACCCUGGAGCAGCAGUUAUCCCAGUACGCAUUCUUCAGCCAGCUGACGGCCCAGGCGCAGGCCCAGGUGCUCAGUGACCUUCAGCAGCAGCAGGCCCUGCCCCCGGGUAUCAGGCUGAUCACCCUCCCCUUGGCCCCCGCCCCCGCCGCCACACAGUCCUCCCCGGGCAGCCAGGUGCAGACCACCACCAGCAUCAACCUUAACUCGUAUCGCAAUCAGACCGGCUCUCCGGCCAAUCAGUCUCCAACCUCACCAGGCUCCAAUCAAGGCUUCUCCCCUGGAGGCUCGCCUCAAAACUUUGAAUAUCCCACUCCGAUCAGUCCCCUGACAUCUCCUGGUUCUCAGUCUGUUACGCGGACAGGACGGAAAAACACUACGCACAUUCCAGUGGUGGGCAGUAUUUUUGGGGAUUCAUUCUACGAUCAACAGUUAGCGUCCAGGCAGACCAAUGCGCUCUCACACCAGCUGGAGCAGUUCAACAUGAUUGAGAACCCGAUCAGCUCCAACAGCCUGUACAGCCAGUGCUCCACCCUAAACUACACACAGGCAGCCAUGAUGGGCCUGACAGGGAGCAGCCUGCACGACUCCCAGCAGCUGGGCUACAGUAGCCAUGGCAACAUCCCAAACAUCAUCCUCACAGUCACAGGCGAGUCUCCGCCCAGCCUUUCUAAGGAGUUAACUAACUCGCUGGCCGGCGUUGGGGAUGUCAGCUUUGAUGCGGAUUCGCAGUUCCCAUUGGACGAGCUGAAGAUUGACCCACUCACCCUGGAUGGACUGCAUAUGCUCAAUGACCCUGACAUGGUUCUGGCUGACCCAGCCACUGAGGACACUUUCAGAAUGGACAGGCUGUGAUGUAAAGUCCUGAUUGUGGCCAGGCAAUAAAAUAACCCUGGGACGAAUGGGGAAACGAGGCAUUGUGGGGGGUGAAUCAUCUCCCCAGUUGCAUGGCCGUUCAUCUACUCAACCUCAUGCGCAAGUCCUGAAAAUAUUUGCCACCAAAUGCCAUUGUGUAGGAGGACAUGCAGUGGUUUGUUGGUGUAGGCAGUGGCAUUGCUAUCAUUUCCAGUUAGAUUGUUGGCUGGUCAGAGCUUUGCUAGCCUGCUGCAUUAACUUUAUAUCAUUAUUUACCAUAUUUCGAAGUGUCGCAGUUGAGAAAAGAUUUGAUAUCUUUUCACGAUUAUUUUGUUUAGUUUUAUUUUAUUUUUUUAACACAGAUCUACAUUUUGCGUUUUAAAAACAAAACAAAAAGAAAACACUAGGACAGUGUGCUGCCCCAUACCUGUUCAAAUUCAUAAGGAUUCUCUUAAACCUACCUACCUACCAUAACAGCUUUAUACUUCACACAAAGCUUUAUUUUUUUGUGACUACCAAAUGUAAAUGUACUGGGUGUAUGUUGGAAUGUGUUCAAUGUUUAAAUGUAUGUAUGUUUAUUUAUUUAAAUAUUUAAUAAUUCAGUUGAAUGUAUUUUUUUAUGUAGCAUUUUCCUAUGUUUGAGUUUGAUGCCAAAAUUGCUCUGCUGUGGCUGUAUUGUACAAUCUGCAAUGAUGUUAUUUAUGUGUCUAUUUAUGAAUUGCUAACCUACAUAUUUAUAUAUUUAUUUAGCUACUCUUAACAUGAGUACAAAUCCUCCCCAUAUUUGCUUAGAAGCCGGCUAUAAAAUCUUGCUAUAUGGAAUCAAAUGCCUCUUAAAAUUGUGCAUCCUAUUCAAUAUUUUAAGUGUUUUUUUCACUUACAUGGGCCCGUAGUCGUUUUUCUUGUGCCAACUCAGUCUUACGUUUGCCAUAAGUAAUGCAUUUACAGUACAGAGUUACCUUUAGCUCCUGAUGAGAUUUACUCAAAUAUGACAAUUAAAACAAAUGCCAAUUUCCCAAACUAAGGUGGCCAUAUUUCUCUUUUGCCCAUGAAAAUCUAUAUCCAGAUUGAAUGCAUCCUAAAUACCUGAAGGGUAGAAACUCCUCAGAAACAUAUUGAACUUGUCACUGUGAGAUCACCUGAUUUUGCCUUACAUAUUGAGUAUUAUACUGUUUUUAAGUGUAUCUAAUGUGACCGUGUAGUUUUUUUUUUUACAUCAUGUAACAUGUUCUUCUAUUUGAGAGGAAUUUUAACUCUUAGUAACAAAAUGUGUUUGUGUAGUGUAAAGUUUGACAAAUCACUGUACUGUAUUUUGUACUGGUACACUUUCUAACCAAGUUAUUGAUGUUUUGUAAAAAAAAAAAAAAAAAAAAGAGAAAAAAAAAACAGGGGAAACGGACAUGUUGGAUUAUAGUUGGUGUUGAAGAGUGCAAAUAUGAGGAGGGUUUCUGCUCCUUAAAGGGGAACUGACAAAAAUGCAUAGUAAAUGAUUUUGUGCUUCUUACCUAAGAUUUUGGUAGACAAUAGUGAUAAAGUAGUAAUGUUACUGAUCUUAAUUAAAAUGUACUUCUUCCCUCCAGAUUAGGGCUGGUAGAAAAGCGAUCUGAACCUUUCAAUUUUAUGCACACAGUGAAAUUUGUACCUUUCUAUAAUUUGUAUGUUACUGAUUCAUAUUGUAACACUGUUUCGGUAGUUGAUUAGCACAUUUUUAUGCUCAAGGUAGCAGUAAAUGUCAACCAUCUAUUUGUUUGGUAAUCAACACUAUCAUCCUUUAGUUUUUCGGUUCACCUUUAAAAUGUUGAUGCUGUAGCUGUCCGGGAUCAUGUUUCCAUGGACGGUGUAUUUUAUAUAUACACCAUCUAUACUGUGUGUGUGUAUACACAUACAUACACACACACACAUAUAU